CCUCACUCUUGUCACGCUUUUGCAGCCUGGGGACUGCGCCUUACCACUUCGACAUCCGUCAAACGCCGCUGUCAAGGGCAAGAUGGACUGAAUGGGCAUAUAGAGGCUGGUUGUGUCGACGAAAGGCUCAGAGAAGACCCUUUGAUAUUGCAGCCGCGUCAGUUUGACCACUCCUCACCUGGCUUCAGCCCUCUGUUAGCCUAUCCUGCGCCUCACCUUGUUCACGGAGCCCGUCGAUACAGUGAAUGACAUUGUUGUUAAAAGUGGAUUGCGACAUCUUUAGCAACAGAUUUCACCAACCUCGAGAAUUCACCGCAAACCCAUACCAAUCUUCCACUCCCAUCAACCUCAAACGCAAUCAUCGCAGUCGUCGAAUCCAUGGAGCCAUUUAGGCUAUUCUGUGUCGGCUCGUUUGAUGAGCAAGAGAUUGUGUGAAAAGAAGAGCAAGAAGAUCGAAGUGUUAGCUUUUGCUGUCGCUCGUAUAACCCACGCUCAUUUUCAAUCCUCGGCUUGGUAGUUUCACUCGACGCCAGUGGACACGACGUACAGUCUCUCCUUGGACAAUGGCGUCCUCUCGAGUUGGAUCGGUUCCCCCGAGAUUGUCCUUUGCAAAGGUUGCUGCCAUGCGUGCGCCUGCUGUACCAACGAAAAAUACUCAUGUCUCCGAAGACAAAAAGCCGCGUCCUACCGAUGAUGACAACUUGGACAGAUCCACACCGUCUAGUCAUCUGCAGCCUUCAACAUCACCAAGAAGAAUUAGCGAGCCUCAGCAUGGAAAUAUUGAGAUAGCUACCCAGUCAGACUAUGUGACAAAUGCCAUUCAGGGCUUGUCGUUAGUUCAGAACGCGACAGCGCAACCUGAGUCCCAAAGUGCAGACAGUGGAGAAUCACUCGAAGAUGAUCAAUCACACCUCUCGAAUUCGUCGAUCAAGCAGCAGAGCUUCGACACGAAGAGCAUGGCGUCAGUGACAACUUUUGCAAUGGAUGAAAAAGAGAGCAUUCGCCCUGAUGACAGCGCCAGCGUCAGAGCGGCAGAGGAUGAUGAUACCUCAAGUGCACCAAGCAGAGAAAUGAGCUUCAACCGCGACACUGAGCAUUCCACUUCGAGCUCUCGUCAAAACCCAAAACCCAUUCCUUCAGGUGUCACCAUUGCAGCUCGCCGCUAUCACACCUUGACAUUGACAAAUCCACCACGGUUUGGAGACCUGCCAGCUAUCCCGAUCUUGCGAGGAGGAGCCGAUGGACAACCUCAGCCUGAGAACCCAGGUUCACAGCAGCCGGAAGCGAAUGAGCGAGCAUCUUCACUGCCAGUUGCCCCAGAUGAAAAACUUCUGGAUGCACUGGCAACACCAAAAGACCGUCUCCCCCUGUUACAGUUGGAAGAGAAGUUCCUUGGGUUUAUCAGCAGCUCUGAAAGCGAGUUCCUGGAUUUGCCUCCGCAGAACUCUUUUGCGAGAUUAUUGGCGCACAAGCUUGCAGAUUAUUACUCGCUCGUCCACCGCAUCAAUGAAGAUGGUACUUCAAUCCGCGUCUUCAAAACACCGACUGCGUCGAUGCCUACACCAUUACAUAUACUUGCGCAAUCCAUUCCCGCUGGCCCCUCUCAACCUCCAUCUGCAAUGGCUGUGAAGAUCAUGCGUCGAGCCGGAUUAGGUCCACGACAAGGAUCUGCUGGUGGAAGUACUCCGGCUAGUUCGUCGGCACCAUCGAAAGCUACCUCGGAAGCUGGCCUGGAGACCAAUAGCGAGGAAGGAAUUUUGUCACCUACUGAUACACCCAACAAAGACAAAUCAAAGUUGACCCGGGAAGAGCGCGAGGCGCAGUACAAGGCAGCUAGAGAACGAAUAUUUGGUGAUUUUCAAGAAUCUGUCACCAGCGAGAAUACUUCAACCGGGGACAACUCAGCCAGCCUGUCUCGGUCAAGCUCGUCAAGCGGUAGAAGGAAGACACGAAAGAACAAAAUUCCAAAGGAUGAUAGCUUCGAGGCGCGCUCGGCAUACAUCCCGAGCUAUGCCCCCAUGCAGAUGCCGAAUAUGCAGCACCAUUACCAGCCUCAAUAUUCGGAUCAGGUCUAUCAAGCAUCAUACCUCGGUUCAAGCAAUGGAUAUGGUGCAGGGAUGAACUAUGGCACGACACCAACCCAAUCUUACCCCAAUUUUGAAGCAUCUGUGCCAUAUAACACUAUGGCUUAUGGGUCCGGCAACAAUCAGCAGUACAAUCAUCCCGAUUCUUGGCCAUCGAUGCCAUCAGCUGCCCCAAAUGGAUACAUGAACUACUCUUCAUCCCCAACAUCCAGCUAUCAGCAGGGUAUGCCACCAAUGAUGGCGCAAAUGAACAAUCAAUACGUACAGCAACCACAGCCAACAAUGCAGCCCCCUUCGAACUGGAUGAACAAUCAAUGGCAAGGUUCUUAUCACCAGCCAUCAGCACCAGCUGGCUCCAACAUGAAUGGAUGGGCGGGCUACCAGCAGAACCCAGCCGUGAACAAUACCGGCUCGUAUGGCAUUGGUCAUGUUGGCGGACAGAGUUAUGGCACGAAUCCAACAUACAACGCGCAGCAUCCACUGCAGGACAACUAUUCUCGAUCGCUCUUUAAUCCGCAGACACGCUCUUUCGUUCCGAAUGUUGCGACGAGUCGUACUGGAGGACGCAACGGCAAGAAAAAGCCACUACCAUCGUUGAAUCAUAAUAAUCGAGUCAACAUAGGCCCCAGGCCCUUUGGUAGCGAUAUUUCUGGAGCAAGCACUCUAUCGUCAUCUCGGGGAUUUGACAGAGUAACCAGCAACUCUUCUUCACCCCUGCUAAAGGAGGAUUCUCUGCAGCAGAAAUAUGGUGCUCCGGCUCAUCUUCCCAAGAAGCCUCCACCAUCACAGGUCCUCUCCUCUUAUGACGUGGAGACUCUGACUAAUGCGGCGGGGGCUGUACCACUGACUGGUUCGACUAGUCCACCUAAUGGUGGCUCUUCCACAUAAUUCAAAAGAUACAAGCAUCAGUGGCGCAGCAUGAAUGAACAAGGAAAAUGAUCGACAGUGGCAUCUGGAGUUUGCAAGGCGUCUUCAAAAGUGAUAUGGAUUCGGAAAGGUCAAAUGGUAAGGGACUGCAUGGAUUGCACGGCACAAUGCACCGCAUACCAUGGGAUAGGAUUGCUUGCGCUGUAUGAAAAUGAGUGGCGGAAGAUUGGUGCAAAAUUCAUCAAACAAACACUUUCAAGGAAAUGGGAUCGAGCGCUACCACGCUUGACUGAAUAGGCAAUGAACCUGGAAGAAGAUGGCGGCGACCAUGCUUCCACGGGUUCUGACAAGCGCUUUGGAUCCUGGAGACGGUGCUCCUCAGGCAGUACGUAGCCCCAAAACGCGUCGAACUACUUCCAAACGACCCAGCCCUACAUGUUACCGCAGUCGAAAUUGGUCACUUUCAAGCAUUUGAUAUACGAUUUGGAGACGACCAAGCCAUCCGUGUUUAUCAACCCUGGUUCAAGCGUAAACUUUGAAGUAUUGUUGCAGCAUGGUCGAAAGCACCUUCUUUGGUGGGCUUGCAUGCGGCAUAAGAACUGGCCGUCGUAGCUGCGGCUUUGCUGAUGAGAAGGUUUGAAGGCAUACAAUCCUCCUGUGCACCUGACUGGACCCUGGUGGCUUGAAGAGUUUACAUUGGGAGGAAAAGGACAACUAAAUUGGCAAUACUUCGUUAUGCUGUAGUCCCCGAGUCUAUGGUAUGUAAUUUUGUAUUUAUAUCCUC